UGCUCUUCUUCUUCUUCCUCCUAACCAGAACAGACAAACCCCCUGAAAGAGCAAUAGUCAACAACAGAGCCAAGAAAUAGACCACUGAAUUGCUUACUCUAUCUAUUACCAAAAUUCUCAAUCUUUCAGACUCCAAAUACUACUCUAAUCAAAUGUGUACAUUCUCACUAUCCGCAACUUCAAUCCAACUGCCUCCAUGCUUCUCCUCUUCUUCCUUCUCAUUUCCAUCUCUACCCCUCCCCAAACCCCACAAUUCCCCCCGCCUCCCCUCCCCCGUCUUCUCCUCCGCCUCCAAAGACGUCUGGCGCAACCCCAAAACCACCACCCCCUCUUCCUCCUCCUCUCCCCGCCGCCACCGCCGCAAUCUCCAAGGCACCGCCUUCCUCGACCACAGCGUCGACAUGGACGACCUCGCCGCCGCCAUCCGCGCCACCUCCAACGAGCACGACCUCCACGCCCUCCUCUCCCCCUACAACUCCCGCAGCCUCUCCAUCCGCUUCGUGGUCUCCCUCCUCAGCCGCGAGCCCGACUGGCGCCGCUCCCUCGCCGUCCUCGACUGGAUCCACGACGUCGCCCUCUACUCCCCCUCCGUCUUCGCCUACAACGUCGCCCUCCGCAACGUCCUGUUCGACGAAAUGCGCCACCGCACUCUCUCCCCCGACCGGUACACCUACUCCACUCUCAUCACCGCCUUCGGCAAGGCCGGCCUCUUCGACGCCGCGCUCUCCUGGCUGCAGAAGAUGGAGGAGGACCGCGUCUCCGGCGACCUCGUCCUCUACAGCAACCUCAUUGAGCUCUCCAGGAAGCUCUGUGACUACACCAAGGCGAUUGCGAUUUUUACUAGGCUGAAGAGGAUGGGGAUCAUGCCUGACUUGGUGGCGUAUAACUCGAUGAUCAAUGUGUUUGGGAAGGCGAAAUUGUUCAGGGAGGCGAGGGGCUUGAUCAGGGAGAUGAGGGCCGUGGGGGUUGCGCCGGAUACUGUGAGCUACUCGACGCUGCUGACAAUGUACAUUGAGAAUGAGAAGUUUGUGGAGGCGUUGGUGGUGUUUUCGGAGAUGAAGGAGGUGAAAUGUGAGCUUGAUCUGACGACGUGCAAUAUUAUGAUUGAUGUGUAUGGGCAGCUGGAUAUGGCGAAGGAGGCUGAUAGGUUGUUUUGGAGCAUGAGGAAGGUGGUGAUUGAGCCGAAUGUUGUGAGUUAUAAUACUCUUUUGAGGGUUUAUGGCGACGCUGAGCUUUUCGGGGAGGCUAUUCAUUUGUUUAGGAUGAUGCAGAGGAUGGACGUGGAGCAGAAUGUUGUUACGUAUAAUACGAUGAUUAGGAUAUAUGGGAAGUCGCUGGAGCAUGAGAAGGCUACGAAUCUUGUGCAGGAAAUGCAGAAGAGGGGGAUUCAACCGAAUGCCAUUACAUACUCGACGAUUAUUUCUAUAUGGGGUAAAGCUGGGAAAUUGGACAGGGCAGCAAUGCUGUUUCAAAAGCUGAGGACCUCAGGGGUUGAGAUUGAUCAGGUUCUUUAUCAGACAAUGAUUGUAUCGUAUGAGAGAGUUGGUUUGGUUGCUCAUGCUAAGCGCUUGCUUCAUGAGCUCAAGCGCCCAGACAAUAUCCCUAGGGAGACUGCAAUUACGAUUCUUGCUGGUGCUGGCCGCAUAGAUGAGGCUACAUGGGUUUUCCGUCAGGCCUUUGAGGCUGGGGAGGUGAAGGACAUAUCUGUGUUUGGUUGUAUGAUUGAGCUUUAUUCAAGAAACCGGAAGUAUGCAAAUUGCAUUGAAGUGUUUGAGAAUAUGCGAGUGGCUGGAUACUUUCCUGCUUCCCAUGUGAUUGGUCUAGUUCUCAACGCUUAUGGAAAGUUACGUGAGUUUGAGAAGGCCGAUGCUGUGUAUAGGGAAAUGCAGGAAGAAGGGUGUGUUUUCUCUGACGAAAUUCACUUCCAAAUGCUCAGUCUUUAUGGUGCAAGAAAGGACUUUAAGACGGUAGAGGCAAUGUUUGAGAGGCUGGUCUCUGAUCCCAACAUCAACAAAAAGGAGUUGCAUCUUGUUGUUCCUGGCAUCUAUGAAAGGUCAAACAAACUUAAUGAUUCAUACCGGAUCAUGAACAGGAUGAAUGAAAGUCGAGUUUUGAAAUCAUGAACCUACACAGAUGUCCACAUCCUCUGUUCUAAAUUCUUCAAGAUUACUGUAGAUACAAUGUUCGAAGAUGUUGUACUGACUGUAUAUUCCCUUAGAUAGUGAAUACCAGUUUUCACAUUUUGGACAUGGAUGUCUGUGCUAUCUUUAUACAACAGAAACACAAGGUUUUCUCCCCAGUUCAGC